ACUAUCCUUACUAACGCCCAUUAAGUGGCAAUAGGAAAUGAAUCAAGUCGUGAAAUUACUUGCCACUCCAUACCACUGAGAGAAGACAUCUCCCUGUCACACCAGCCUGUCUACAUCUCCUCAAUCACACUUUGGGAUUUAAAAUACGUCAGCGUCUCAUUCCUGCUGGCUUUGUUCUUUGUUUCUCUUUUUCAUCGUCGCAAUGGCAACGCGAAUCGACAAAGAUGCUUGCAGAGAAGCAUACAAUCUGGUCCGAGACGACGGCUCUGAUAUCUGCUGGGCAUCUUUCAAGUAUGACGGAUCUACCAUUGUACCAGCGGGUCACGGGUCCGACUAUGCAGAGUUCAAGAGUCAGUGUACAGAUGAUGACCGUCUCUUUGGGUUUGUGAGGAUCACAACGGGUGAUGCCAUGAGUAAGCGAGCCAAGUUCACCCUCAUCACCUGGAUUGGUGAGAAUGUCAGUGGACUACAAAGAGCUAAGAUCAGCACUGACAAGACACUGGUAAAAGACAUUGUUCAGAACUUUGCCAAGGAGUUCAUGAUCAGUGAUCCCCGGGAGUUGGAGGAAGACUACCUCCGCAAUGAGCUGAAGAAAGCUGGUGGGGCCAAUUACGAUGCCCAAGCUGAAUAGAACUUGGAGUGGGGUUUCCAUGGGGUUGGGACAUCCAAACUGGAUGAGAAGGAAGGGGAAAACUCAUCUCAUACAUGCACCCACAAACAAACACAUACACGCACUUAGACAAACACAAACAUACAUACCUCAUCCCCCUUGGGAACUGUGAUUUUGCCAGGCAGGAUGUGUUAAAAAAUCUACAGACUUGUUAGCUUUGGAACAACAUUUAUAUGAACCAGUUCAUCUUCAGGGAAAGGGGUGGGGUUUAAGGUUAGGCUUAGGGUUGGCAGUUAGGGCUUUUAAACCAUUUAAUCUGUCAUUUCCCUCUGAUUUAUUGGUAGUUAAUGGAUAGUUUAAGGUGCAGGUUUGGAAUAGGGUUUUUUGGAGGAUUAUUUUCCUUAUACUAUCUUGUUCCAGUCAGGACUCAAAAUAUGUUGAUCCAAAAAUCACAUCUUACUUGGCAAAGUCGAGGUGACCCAUCCCUCUCACCAGUUUGGUCAUUGAUGAUUGAUCUACUGUACUGUGCAUCAUCUCACUGUCAUCUCAUCUAGUGCUAUGAGGUUAUGGUUUUCUUCAGUGGCAUUUUUGUAACUGUAAUUAGAGUUUUUGAGGAAGCUCCCUUGGCUUAUGAUCAGAGUUGCCAUCACUGUGAUAUGCUUUCAUAACAUUCUCAAUGGAAGCAAUGAAGAGCAUGUGAGUCCAGCAUUGUAUAGGGGUCUAAAUGAAUGUUCAUCUGCUUGCUGACUCCUCUAAUACAGACCACUGUGUUUACUGUCUUAAUCUCCCAUGGAGAGGAAGACAUCAUGGAAUGUGUGCGUUUGUGUAUGUGUGUGUGCAUGAUUGUUUGCAGACGCUGCACUGUGACUGGCUAACUUGCAUGCAAGGGGGUAUAGACUUAAAUACUACCCCAAACUACUUUGGCUGUGUCACUCUCCACUUAACCAAGGAGCAGCCAUUUCUCUAGUGUAGCUUAAAUUUCAGUUUGAAUUAAAACUCCUAAGAAUGUUUAUUAUUAUUAUUAUUAUUAUUAUAGGCUUUAUUUACAUUAACAAUAUGACCUGUGGUUCUUCCUUGGGAAUAAAAAUGCCUCCAGGUGCCAAGAAAAGAAAGAAGAUGUGCACAAAAGCAAUCAUUUCAGAAUAAAAUCGUCAUUUUUUUCAA